AUGGCCAAGCCGAGCAAGGCGAGUAGCAAGGAAGGCGGCGGAUCGGCAGAGGCGGCGAAGGAGGCGAACAAGAAGGGGAAAAAGAGCGAAAAGGAAACGGAUCCGAAAAAAACAGACGGAAAAAACGCCCCCCCCACAACCAAAAAUGACAAAAAGGGAAAGAAAAAAGGCGAGCCGGACCCAGUCCCCGGCGGCGACAAGAAGACCGAUACGCCACAGCCUCUUCCUCCAGGGCAUAUCGAGCUGAAGCCUUUUCAACGAACUCCGAAGCAGCUUCUUCACAACUAUUGUCAAAAACACAAGCUACCGAAGCCGCGCUUCGAGCAGAAGAAAGCGAACGCGCCAGGCCGCUUUCGCUCUGAGUGCGUCAUGCCGCAUGCGAAGGACGCCUCGAAGACGAUGAGAUUUCUCACUGAACAAGACUGGGAGUUCAAGACACACAGCGAACAUUUUUCUGCUCUUCUCGCGCUACACUUCCUCGAGCCCACUCGGCCCUAUGAGAAAUUGUUCCCUUCCCCCUUCCGCGAAGCCUGGCUCUCCCUCGCACCUCCUCCUGCACCGGCCACCAAAAAACAAGCGCCGUCUCGACGACUGCCUGUUUCCUCUCCUUCUUCCUCUUCCUCCUCUUCUUCUUCAUCUUCUUCUUCUUCAUCUUCUUCUUCUUCAUCUUCUUCUUCUUCAUCUUCGUCUGCCUCUUCGUCUGCUUCUUCGUCUGCCUCUUCUGCUUCGGCGUCUGCGUUGAACCAAGGACGUCGUGAGAAAACCAAGGAGACGUGUGCUCCUCCAGCGCCGUCUCGCGCUUCUUCUCGCCAUACGCCUCCACCUGCCUCGUCUUCACCUUCUCUAGCUUCUCCUCCGUCUUCUUCUCCUCCGUCUUCGUCUCCUCCGUCUUCGUCUCCUCCGUCUUCGUCUCCUCCGUCUUCUUCUCUCUCGUCUGCUUCUUCUUCUGCGCCGACCUUCUCUAUUAGCAGCGCUCGUCAGUUCGCCUCAGAGUAUCACCGAAAGCAAGAAGCGAAUGCGUUGCGCGUUGCUCGAGCGCAGAAAGAGAAGAAGCGUGAGCUGGCACAGAAGCAGAAACAGAGUCAAGACCCCACAGUGUUCAUGGCCUCUGCAGUUCGAGGUGCCGUCAGAUCUGUUCUCCUCAAGUCUCUCCGUCGCCUCGCCUCCGUUUCUCCUCUUGCUUCGCUUUCUUCUUCUUCUUCUCUGUCUUCCGCUGCUGCGACUUGCGCGGCUGGUUCGUCGCCGGUCUUUCCGCCGGCCUGGCACAGCCGCGAAUGGCGAGAGCAGUGCGUCUCUCUCUUUCAGUCUCCGGGAGAACCUCUCUCGGCUGUCAAGCUCUCUGGCGAGCUUCCAACUGCUUUGUUCAGGACCCUCACGACGCAGGGAUUCUCAGAGGCUCGAGCACGCGUCGCGCUGGAGGCGCUUGCAUGCGCGUUGACACAGACACAAACUUCCAGACAGAGGGAGGGAGGGAAAAGAGACCCGCAGCUUUUCGGCGAGGCGCUCCAGUCUCUCGUGGACUUCAUUUGCCUCAACGAAGAAUGCGAAGAGGCGCUGCCGCGCGCGUUCGACCCUCGAGGCAAGCAAAUCGAGGUCCACGUUUUCUCGAAGGAUCCAGGAAGAGACGAAAAUGAAGAAGAUGAAGCAAGCGAAGAAGAAGACCAUGGAGAAGAUGAGAGCGAUGCCGCUGAGAGAGAAGACUGGCUACGCCAGAGACAGAUGGCUGCGAACGGCUUUGCAGAAGGCGAUGCAGAGGCUUUUCAGAAGCAACGAGGGGGGACAGGCAGGACCAGAAGCUCUCAGAGAAGGCAGAUGCUGGAGAAUUGGGAUGUUCCGUUUUUCGCGCUUCUCUCACCGAGUGUGGACGACGAGGAGGCGCAUGCAAUGGAGCCGAACAUAGAAGAAACACCGGAGAGGCAGCUCGACGAAGCUCUCGAACGCUUGGAGGCUCUGCGGCAGGUUUUUCUCUCGCUCUUGCCUCGUGUCUCAAAGUCCGCGACUGGCGCCGCUGCUGCACCACAGAAGAGUUGCUCUGCCGAGGAGACAAAAGCGACAAAGCCGACACCCAUGAAGAACCUGGGAGAUCCUCCCGAGGUUCCUGAGAGCUGGGAAGAAGACGAGCUGUUCACGCAAGAGGUCGGAGCCUUGGAGCAGGGGCUCGAAGAUUCAGACUCCAGAGAAGCAGUCGAAGUCUCUGCGUUUCAUGCUUUCUGCGCAAGUGCGAAUCUGUUCGGACCUGCCUCGGCUCUGUUGGCAGACGUCGAGAAGAAAGCAUCUGGAAGAGAACAAGGAGAUGCGGUCUCUCGACUCUUCCUCAGCGCCACAGAGACCUGGCUAGGAGGGAGACAGAAGGCAACGCAGCUGCACGCGACGGAGGCGGAGGCCGAGCAGAGCGAGAGGGAUGCGCGCGACUUUCUCCGACGGCUGAACGACUUGGUUGGCGGAACGCAAACGACAAGGAUGCGCGUGGAAGAGCUGCUGAAUGCGGAGAAGGAAGCAAUUGACAGUCUGUUUCCAGAGGCGUCUUAUCGGAUUCUUCCUGCGGCUUCGCUUCCGGGGGUGUAUGUAUCCUUCCUCGUCGAGAACAUUUCGACCGAGCCUUUUGCUUCUCUCUUUCCUUCCCUCAUUUUGCCACCCUUUCUUCAAGGAAAACUCUUCGUUUAUUCCCCUCCAGACGAAGGCCUUUACCCCCUUCUUCCUCCCCUUGUCUGGGUUCACCUGUCCCCCUCUUCUGUGUCUCCUUGUCUCGGUUUCCUGUCUUUCUUUCUGUCUCUCGCGGCUUCGCGUUUUGCCGUCACGCGUUUGCUGCUCUCGCCGCUCUCGUCGCUCUUUCCGAGCGCUUCAUGUGCAGUUCUCUCUCCUGUCCAUCGUCUCCUCUGUCCUGCGGGACCUCCGCCUUCUUCUCUACCUGACGAGAGCGCGCUGCUCGAGGCGCUGGACGAUGUGACUUUACACGCGUCGCUUUUAGACAUCUCCGCCUUCCUCCAAUCGCCUUCUCAGCUCGGCGACAGUCUGCAGGAAAUCGAGGAACUCGUCCGUUCUUCUCAGACAAGCGAAGCGACCAGCGCCGAAAGCUGCGGAGAAGAAGGAUCACACGCGAGAGAACAAGAGGGAAACCAAGAAGGAGAAGAAGCGAGAGAACAGAGGAAGAGGCGUCUUUUGCGGCGGUGGUGCUCCUGGCUUGGUCUCUACGAAGCGAGGGCCGCGGACGAGAAGCGUCGAGUUGCGGGCAUGGCGAAGAGAGGCAGAGAUGGGCAGGCAAGCGUCGGCGACCGCAAGCGCGACGCAGGUGAAAGAGGGAGAGAAGCAGCGAAAGCCGCCUCGCCGCCACUCUCGAGGGAAGAGCGAGGGAGAAGCCGGCAGGAAGAGAAGAACGAGAAAGGAACAAAGAGAGAAGAGAGAGGAGAAGAGAAAAGAAGCUUCACUGUCGACGCCCGAGAGGACCCAGAGGGGGCUCAAGGCCGGGGAAAAAACAGCGACUCCGGACGAGGCGAGAAGAGGCACGAAGAGGCAGGCGUUCCGCGCGUGUAUCCCCUGUCCCCCGAUUUGUGCAAACAAAUCCUCGAUGGCAAGCGCAUAGAACGAGGCAAAGCCGAAGCCUGCGUUCUUCCCAUUCGCUCCCAGGAAGACGCUCUACACCAGUUCAUGACAGAUCCGAGUCGACGCGUCCUCGUGCUGCAAGGAGAAACGGGUUCAGGAAAGACGACGCAAGUCCCGCGGAUCCUCCUCGAAUCUGCUGCGGAGGCUGUCCUCGCUCAAGAUCCUUCUGCCCCUUCUUCGUUUUCGCGGAACUGUUUUAUUUUGUGCAGUCAGCCGCGCCGUCUGGCCGCACUGUCUGUCGCGUCGCGGGUGUCUGAGGAGAUGGGGGCGCCUCUGGGGGACUUGGUCGGCUAUCAAAUUCGUUUGGAGGCGAAGAUCUCUCGCCGGACGCGCCUUCUCUUUUGUACUCACGGAGUUGUGCUCAGAAAAUUCCUCAGCGAUCGAAAUUUGACGGAUGUCACCGUUGUUGUUGUUGACGAAGUUCACGAACGAGCAACGGAAGUCGACCUUCUUUUGCUUCUUCUCUCGAGGGCUCUUGUCGUCAAUCGAAAGCUGAAAGUCGUCCUCAUGAGCGCCAGCUUAUCGCUCGAGUUCUUCGCCUCCUACUUCCGGCGCCUUCCCUUCUCCGCCCUCUCCCCGCCCAGCCAUCAACGUCACUCCGCGCGUUCGCCUUCUGCUCUCGCGUCGUCCACUGCAAGUGUGGUGACGCUGUACGUUCCUGGUCGCGCGUACCCAGUGUCGGUGUUUUACGCGGAAGACGUAUGUCGUUUUCUGGAGCAAGAAGGGGAGGGCGAGUCGCUGGGGUCCGCCUGUGUCGCGUUUCGUCCUGCUGCUCUUGGCGCGGGACCUGGAGGAGCUGCUGCUUUGAGCGCAGGCUUCUCCUCCGAGGAGACUGGCGAGAGAGCCUUCGUCUCCUCCUUCUCCUCCUCCGUCGCCGUCGCGCCGCUCCCGGACAUCAUUCGCGCGAUCUGCUCGCUGAUUUGCUUCCUCCACCACACUCGCCCCUUGCGAGCAUCGGACAUCGAGCGCGGAGCUCCGGUCACGCGAACGAAACGCGAAGAGAAGUCGCAGGGCGGCGGAGCGAUCCUCGUCUUCCUCAGCGGCGUCGGAGAAGUCAACAGUGCCUGCCGCGCGUGCGAAGAUCUCAAGCUUCCACUCUGGAUUCUCCCCUGCCAUGCUGCCCUCCAGCCUGCGCAGCAGCAAAAAGUCUUUCACCCCGCUCCUCGAGGCCUUCGCAAAGUCGUCAUCUCCACAAACAUCGCUGAAACUUCCAUCACCAUUCCUGACGUUUCGUACGUGAUUGACUCCGGACUUCACAAACAGAUGGAGUACGACUCGUACCGUCGCCUGAGUCGACUGCAGGAGCAAGCAAUCUCGCGCUCGUCCGCUCAGCAGCGAGCAGGACGCGCGGGGCGGGUCACUGCAGGCGAGUGUUUCCGCCUCUACGAAAGGCGGACGUUCGAGAAGUACAUGAAAGAAUGCGAGACUCCCGAGCUUCAACGACAACCGCUGGAGAAUGUCUGCCUGCAACUCAAGGCGAUUUUCCCGCAGGUUCCACUGCAGCAGAUCCUCGCGGAAUGCAUCGAGCCUCCGUCUCAGGCGAGCAUUGUCUCAGCAAUAAAGAACUUGGAGUGUCUGGGGGCGUUGCAGCGUUCGCGGUCUGCAGACGAGUGCGACGGUGUCAGAGGCAAGAGCAGAGAGCAGGUAGAAAGGCGGACGCACGAGCGAGAGCGGCUGACGAACCUUGGUCGAGUUCUCUCGCUGUUCCCAGUGGACCUUGCGUUUGCGCGCAUGUUGAUUUACUCGGCUGCUCUCUCCUGCCUCGAAGAAAUGACCGCUCUCUGUGCCCUCCUCGCCGUCGAAAGCUCCCUGUACGUUUCCCACCUCAUCAACCCCAACGCGUUGGCAAACAGACGAAAGUAUUUUUCAAAAAGCCAGUCCGACUUCAUCACGAAUCUCCGGAUCUUCUUCACCUGGCGACUGGCACAGAGAAAAGGACGAAAAGCGGAAGACCAGUUUUGUCAGAAAUUCGGAGUCAACCCUCAGAGCAUGCGCAACGCAGAGGAGCUGAGGAAACGCUUUUCGCGAGUUGUUGAAGACGUAGGCCUCAGAGACCUCGCCCUCGACCAGGAACCAUCCCAGGGUUCGGAGAGAGAGGCGUCAGCCGCGUUCGACCUCGCGGGGGGCGCGGCAGAGGAUGCGUACGAAGACGCAAUUGACAAGCGCAUUUGCACGACGCUUCUGGAGCAAGAAACGCUCGCCUUGUCGCUGCAGACCGAGCCAUCUUCAGCGGAGGAUGCCCCAGAAAGUCGCUCGCUCGAGACCAAGCUGAGGGAGACAAAGGGAAGCGCAGAAGACAGGACAAGCCGAAGCAUUGUCUGGCGCCUGAAAGCCUGCAUCGUCGCUGGUCUGUACCCACAGGUUGCUGUCGUCCGCGCGCCUCGGAAACGCUUCGUGCAUGUCGCGUCGGGCACCGUGGAGAAGCCGCCCGAGCCUUGGGAGAUCAAAUAUUUCACUCGCGUAGAAGAAGAAACAGAAGGCGGGACCCCCAGCUCAGCCUCGGAAGCUCAGCAAAACCUGCUCCAGCGAGUUUUUAUCCACCCCUCAAGCAUCAACUUCGGCACCAACCGCCUGGAGACGCAGUGGGUGGCUUUCCUCGAGAAAGUGCAUUCGUCGAAACCAUUCAUAAAAGACGUUUCAACUGUCUCGGUCUUCGCUCUCCUUCUUCUUUCUUGUUGCGAGAUAGAGGUGAUGGGGGAGCAGGGACUCCUGCGUCUGGACGGCUGGAUCGAGCUGCGGUGCCCUGGCCUCAUUGGGAGUUUCAUUCGAACGCUGAAGAGUGUCUUUGCUCUGCUUCUGGACGAUUUCUUCGCUCGCGCUUUGACGCGAGACUCUCUCGCACGCAGCCGCAGUGUCGGAGGACGCGGCGAACAACCGUCGAGGAGAACCUCGAAGUGCAUUCUCUGGAUUCUUCCGAGAAGAGAGGAAGAUCAUUUCGCCCUCCUGCAGAAGAGAAUGGACGGACCAAUGGAGGCGCAGGCGCGGGGCCUCAGUGGCGAGAGCAGAGCUGAAGAGCUGAAGGAGCAGCCGGAGAGUUUUGAGGGAGGCGAUGGCGGCGAAGGAGUCGAAGGAGCAACCAACACACUGUACGUCUCCAAUCUCCCGACCCGCAUGUCCGUCGCUGAAAUUCGGCGUAUAUUCGAAGAAGUCGCAGAUGUCCAGGACUGCCGAAUCGUCAGCAACCCCGUCACCCGCGAGUCUCGCGGAUUCGCCUUUGUGUCGUUGCGAGAUGCAUCGAAGCUGCAGGCGGUCAUCGACCGUCUGGACGGUAACGUCUUUCCUGGAGACUCGACGAGGCCUCUGAGAAUCGAGAGAGCGAAACGCAACCAGCCUCAUCAACCGACCCCGGGAUACUACAAAGGCCCCCCAGGUGCGAGUGUGAAGUACGACAAGUUGGGUCGUCUGCGUCCAGGCUUUCUGCCUUACUACGCUGUGGCGCCAGGCUCGUCGCGCGAGUUUCCUCGAACGACGCGCAGCUUCUUCUCUGGAGAGAACGGCCGAGCCUCUGUAGGUCGCUCUCCGGAGAGUCUGCGAUGCAUGCAGAAGAGUUCUGCGUGGAUGCCGCCGCUCUACGGCUUCCCGCCUCGAGAGAGCUCCUACGCGGCUUGUUUGCCGGGACCUCACGAUUUCUUCCAGCCAAACCCAAGGGACGCAUGCAGAGCUCGACGCUGGAGCAGAGAAGACUUCCUCGGAUUCUUCGAUGCCUUGCCGCCCUACGUCGAUCCCCGAGUCGCUGCCUACGAAGACGACCGACGCGGACGAGACCGUGCGAGAAGGCCGAGGUCCGGGAGCGAGGAGCAAUGGCGAGAGCGAAGAGACCGAGGGUCGAGAAGAAUGGAGAGAGACCGCGACCUCUACGCCGAUCGACGAGGCGGUGGAGGAGCCUUCUACGACCUGCGAGUCGACGAAGGACCGUCGCGGCGCGGCUACGGCGACUGCAUGCCCGGACAUUCUCCAGGCUUCGAGGGCGGUGGCGGCCGAGACCGAGAGCGGAGAAUGCGCGACAAGUCACGAUCACGAGACCGAGGGGGUCGCCGAGCAAAGUGGCGGUCAGUCUCGUCGUCCCCGCGUCGGCGAUAUGCGUCGCGAAGAUGAGGCCGCGGCGAAGGAAGGAAAAAUCGAGGGGAAGAUGAGCAGGCAACAGGUGGAGGAGAGAGGAGAGAAAAAUAGAGGCAGAGGAACAGAAGCACAAAAAAAGGAACUGGAAAAGAAGCGAGUGAAGGAAGCGAAAACGAAGAAAAUGAAGGACAGAGAAACCAAGAGAGAAGAAGAGAGAGAAGGACAAAAAGCAGACAAAAAGAGAAGAGACAGACGACUGAAAAAAA